AUGUCGACCAAUCCAGGUUCCACCAUGCGCGGCCCCAGCCGUGCUGGUGGCAGCAGCGCCCAGCAACAGAAUCGCAGCUCGACGCCCUACGGCCAGAACCACGCCGGCUCGGCCAUCCCCCGCCCCGUCCUCGAAGCCAACCAUGCCGCCCCCGGGAGUGAGGUCGGCUCUGCCUCCGUCAGCGUGAGCAGGCAAAAACAGUCCAAAAGAGAUGAGGCCAUCCGCCGCAAGAUGGAGAGCGAUCUCUCCAAGAAAAAGCACCUUACCAGCCGAGCCCGUCAUACCCGCAAAGCCCCUCCCGGAACCGUCCUCGCCCUCAAGCCGAGUCCCGCCCUCCAGAUCAAGGCCGCGACCACCGUUUCCGAAGCCGCCCAGUUGAUGGCCGCCAAGCGUGAAGACUGUGUUCUUGUCACCGAUGACGAUGAGAGAAUUGCUGGUAUCUUCACGGCCAAGGACUUGGCCUUCCGCGUCGUCGGUGCCGGACUCAAGUCCAACACCGUCACCAUCGCCGAGAUCAUGACCAAGAACCCGCUGUGCGCUAGGACCGACACCAGCGCCACCGACGCCCUUGAUCUCAUGGUGCGCAAGGGCUUCCGCCAUUUGCCCGUCAUGGACGAGAACCAGGACAUCUCGGGCAUUCUCGACAUCACAAAAUGCUUCUACGACGCCAUGGAGAAGCUGGAGCGCGCCUAUGCCUCGUCCAGGCGGUUGUACGAUGCGCUCGAGGGUGUUCAGUCGGAGCUCGGCACCAGCCAGCCCCAGCAGAUUAUCCAGUACGUCGAGGCCCUGCGAUCCAAGAUGUCGGGCCCGACCCUGGAGUCUGUCUUGAACGGCAUUCCGCCGACCACGGUCAGCGUCCGGACCUCGGUUAAGGAGGCGGCCCAGUUGAUGAAGGAGAACCACACCACGGCGGUCUUGGUGCAGGAUCAGGGAGCGAUUACGGGUAUCUUCACCAGCAAGGACGUCGUCCUCCGUGUGAUUGCCCCUGGCCUUGACCCUGCCACCUGCAGCGUGGUCCGCGUCAUGACCCCCCAUCCCGACUUUGCGCCCAUGGAGAUGACCAUCCAGGCUGCGCUGAGGAAGAUGCACGAUGGCCACUACCUCAACCUGCCGGUGAUGAACGAUGCUGGCGAGAUUGUCGGCAUGGUUGACGUCCUCAAGCUCACUUAUGCCACCCUCGAACAGAUUAACACGAUGGGCAGCGGUAGCGACAACGAGGGGCCUGCCUGGAACAAGUUCUGGCUUUCGCUGGACCACGAAACCGAGUCCAUGGUAUCGGGCGACGGCUCGCACCACCACACCCACCAUGGGCCUAGAUCGCUCAUGUCGCCCGACAUCGCUCGCAGCGAGCGCAUUGUCGACAGCGUGGCGCCUGGUGACUCUGCGAGCCAUGCCGGCAUCGAGUCGCCUUCCCACAGUCAGCUGGGUGGUAUCCAGGAAGUCAACCCCGCUGACAUUCCCUUCCCCUUCAAGUUCAAGGCUCCCAGCGGCCGCGUCCACCGUCUGCAGGUGACAGCCUCCCACGGCAUGGCUGAGUUUGUCGCUGCUGUCGCUGCCAAGCUCGGUGCUGAGGUGGAGGCGAUUGGCGGUACCCCUGAGGUCGAGAACGGCAGGCUUUCCGGCGGAUUUGCGCUCAGCUACCUCGACGACGAGGGCGAUUCGGUCUCCAUCACGACGGAUCAGGAUCUCCUCGAAGCCAUUCUGCUUGCGCGUCACGGCCUUCGUGAGAAGGUCGACCUGUUCGUGCACGAUCCCUCGGAACCUGCCAUUUCCCACGCGCCUACGCCUGCGCCGAUUAUUGAGACGAUCCCUGCCACACCCCCUGCUUCGUCGGUGGUUCGUGAGCGGAGAACAAAGAAGGUUGAGCAGGAGGAAUCCGAGGAGGUUAGUGAAGAGGAGGAGCCCGUCCGUCGUCGUCCCACGCGCACGCGCACAAUGUCUCAGCCACAAGAGCCGGCCCAGGUCAUUGCUGGUGUCCCCAACGAGCUCCUUCUUCCGGGUGCUAUUGUCACCCUGGCCGUUGUUAUCGUUAGUGUGUUUACCAUUUCGAGGUUGACCAGCAGCCGUUGA